GUAUCUUCGUGCCGCAAAGUCAUCAUUUGCUGUAGGAGCACAUUCAAUGAGCCAUCCAGGAGAAAUACAAUAAUACAGGAAACAAUCACGACUCCAAGAAUAUCCACCAUAAUUAGCAAUGGCAGCAAACCAGGUACCGUCGAAACAAGUUAACGAAUCCAUAGUCGAAUUCCUGACAACAGAAAUGGUAGAAGCAAUGAUCAGGACGAUCAAAGACGAUGCUCUCAAAAUUGGCUCUGAACGUGACCCUUCCUUUGGGAAUACAACUGAUGGUGCAGGAGGACCAAAAGAUCAUUCAGAAGGAGAUGAAGCCAUGGAAGCCGUAUAUUACAAGCUGGAAAUGAUUGGAUUUCGUGUAGGCGAACGAUUAAUUGAAAAGAUCAGCAAAGACAGAAUGAGGUUCACUGAUAAUUUGGAUGUUGUUAAGUUUAUUUGCAAAGAAGUUUGGAUGUUUCUUUUCAAGAAACAGAUUGAUAACCUCAAGACGAACCACAGGGGAGUUUAUGUACUUCAGGAUAAUAACUUUCGCUGGUUUGCUAGGAUGGCUCAUGAUCAAGCUCCCGUAGAAUCUGUUAAACGAGUGACUCCAUAUCUGUGGUUCCCAUGUGGUAUCUUGCGUGGCAUUCUCUCCAAUUUGGGCAUUCCUAGUGUAGUUGUUGCUGAAACAUCAUCACUACCUGCUUGUACCUUCCAGAUCAAGAUCGCAAAGACAACUUAGAACGAGCCAUUUGCGUGACGAAACAAAAUAAACAAUUUCAUUAAACACUCAUGGUGGCCAAAGUUAUUUCAC